CACGCCGGGAGUGCGCCUGCGCGGUCGCCAGGUCCCUCCACCUCCACUUCCCCUCCCCCUGUCGCCCCGCGGGGGCUCCGGGUCCGGCGGGACCAUGUUCACCAGCACCGGCUCCAGUGGGCUUUAUAAGGCACCUCUGUCCAAGGGUCUUCUGCUGGUCCCCAGUGCCCUGUCCCUUUUGCUAGCCCUCCUCCUGCCACACUGUCAGAGGUUCUUCGUGUAUGACCUCCAAGCAGUCAAGGACGACUUCCAGAUUUGGAGGUUGAUAGGUGGAAGAAUAAUUUGCCUCGAUUUGAAAGAUACUUUCUGCAGUAGUCUGCUUAUUUAUAAUUUUAGGAUAUUUGAAAGAAGAUAUGGAAGCAGAAAAUUUGCAUCCUUUUUGCUGGGUUCCUGGGUUUUGUCAGCCUUGGUUGACUUCGUCCUCGUUGAGGCCGUGUGGUAUUUCUUUGGUAUCACUGCAGCUGGGAAUUUGCCUUCUGGAUUCCUGGCACCUGUGUUUGCUCUUUUUGUACCAUUUUACUGCUCCAUACCAAGAAUCCAAGUGGCACAAAUUCUGGGCCCGUUGUCCAUCACAAACAAGACGUUGAUUUAUAUAUUGGGACUGCAGCUUUUCACCUCUGGUUCCUACAUCUGGAUUGUAGCCAUAAGUGGACUUGCAUCAGGCAUCUGCUACAACAGCCAAGUGUUCCGACUCCACCAGGUGCUCUGCAUUCCCAAGUGGGUGGCAAAGUUCUUUUCUUGGACACUUGAGCCCAUCUUCUCAUCUGCAGAACCUGCCACCGAAGCCAGGAUUGGGAUGGGGGCCACAGUAGACAUCCAGAGACAGCAGAGGAUGGAGCUGCUUGACCGGCAGCUGAUGCUCUCUCAGUUUGCACAAGUGAGACAACAGAGACCGCAGGGAGGAAUGAUCAAUUGGAAUCGUCUUUUCCCUCCUUUACGUCAGCGACGGAAUAUAAACUAUCAGGAUGGUCGGCGGUCAGAACAACAAGCAUCUCCUCCUCUUGAGGUUUCUGAGGAGCAGGUUGCCCGGCUCAUGGAGAUGGGAUUUUCCAGGGGUGAUGCUUUGGAAGCCCUGAGAGCUUCAAACAAUGACCUGAAUGUGGCUACCAACUUCCUGCUGCAGCACUGAGAGUCCUGGGGCGGCUGCACAGGGACUGGCCAAGCCGCUGUUCACCCACAGCGGGCGCAGCCCCGCUGCCCACGCAGCCCGGGCCCCCGUGCUCUCCCGGGCGGACGUUCUCCCAUGCUCUCACGGGCAAACUGGUCCCUGCUGCUCCUCCCUUAAUACCAAGGCCCUUACCAGUUAAAAAAAAAAAAAAAAAGUCUCGAAAAUAAGUUUGCCAUUAAAUCAGCAUGUAUUUUCUAUCUUUAUUUUUUUAUGGGGCAUUUUCCUGAGUUUGGAGAAUCAUCACUCAUUCCUGAUGUGUUUAAAAUGCACUCAAACUGCAGAUUUCUGUAAGCAAUUGAAUAGCACCCCCGAUGGGAAAUUACUGCUGUUGUAAUAUUCUUUUCACUGUAAUGUGUCAGCCUACAUUAUAUCUGAUCAUAAAUGCCACGACAGGGGAAAGAGGAAUGUUAUUCAGGAAGAGGGUGGCAAAAUACUCCUUAUGGACUUUUCUCAUCACUGUUUCUUUUUUCCCCAAAUUUGCUUUCAAACCCCAGUGGCUGCUCGGUGUCACCCUUCCUACGGGCGAUGGGCAGUAUGGAUCUGCUGCACUCGGUCUUGGCCAGGCCUGAGUGAGGAGAGAGAAACGGAGAAGCAAAUCCUACCGGACACGGUUCCGGCCCAUUUCAGUCCAGGGAAUCAGAAUUCUAACUCCUCCUCACUUCCAUUAGAGAAAGUAAUGAUAGUCAAGUACGGAUGCAAGAUUCUGGAAUACUCUAUGAAACUUAACUGGGGUUCCUUUUACUCAGAAUAUGUACGGUUAGCCUCUCAGGCUGGGGGUGAAAACAGGACAGAGCAGGGGGUCCCCUGGAGCGGUGCGGGGCCAGCGCUCGGGGUGUCGGGGACGGCAGCGUGAGGCACAGGAAGGAGCCACAGGAAGGAGCGAGGCAGAGGUGGGCCGUGGUGAGCGGGAAGGGAUCUACAGCAGGGGGACUGUUGAGAUCAAAGGCAAUUAUGUGACUCUCAUGUUCUGCAAAAGGAGCAGAAAUGUAUCAAAUUGAUGCAAAUUUGGACAAGUGUAAUACUUAUAAUAAAGUUUUUAAUGUGUUUUACUUUGUGGUAUUUUUUUAUU